AUGGCGCGUUUUUGGUGCCUCCUCGACAACGACGCCAUUGGGCCAUUCGCUGUUGACAUUGGCCUGGACGAGAUGGUUGUUGACCUCCAGAAAUUGAUCAGAUCCUCGAAGAACCGUUUGCGUCAAUACGAUGUUGAAGAUAUCGCAGUGUAUAAGUUAGAGGAGCCAAUUCCCCUCGUUCCCUUUACCGAUCUACGCCAACGCAUAGAAAAUAAAGAAGAAAUUGAGACUUUUCCCCCUGAAAGUUUAAGUGAUAUCUUUCCAGACAGGGUCGCCGAUCGAACACUUCACUUUCUUGUGAAGUUGAGAACCCAAGCACCAGCAGGAUUACUUGCCCCAACCGCAAUUUCUGUCUCUUCGUCAGCGGGUUCCAUUCUAUCCAACGCCGAUAAUUACCUCACACUUUACUGUUGGGUUUUGAAUAAAUCCGUCAACCCUUUCCCCAUUGAUAUCGGAAAGAGUAAGGGCCUGGGUCACCUGAGAACUAUGAUCAAGAAGGACAAUGAACAUCAGUUUGCUGCCAUCGACGCUGACACGCUCGCGAUAUGGAAGUUGUCUCCACCCAUUCUUGUUGCGGAAAUCAGCACGAAGCUCAAAGACGUUCAAAGCCCGCAGCAGAUCCCGGGCUGCGUCAAGUUAGAUGGUGUUGACGAACUGUCGGAACAUUUCUCCUCGGCCCCUCGCAAGCAUCUCCAUAUCAUUGUGGAAGCCCCCACACAGAAUCGCGGGAUGAAACGACGACGCGGCGAAUUGGACGAUCUCACAGCGGAAAAAUCUCGUCUUUUCAAAAUGGCAAAACAAGCACCGUCCUCUUUGUCUGAGCCCUCUACCUUUCAAACUGCAGCACAAGAUGUUGUCGCCUGCAAUCGUCCCUUCGAUUGGGAUACGAUUCCCAUCACUUUACUCCAGGAAGAGUUUGGACUUUUUAUGGAUGACCGUAAAGUCCUUCCAUCGCCGAAGUCGCAGGAACUUCUCCAAGCUCUCACGGUGGCCGCGUGCAAGUGGCACGAGAAUGAGACCCAGCGAAGGUCCGAAAUUCAAAAAGUAUUCAACGACGUAGCUGGUUUCUAUCUAUCAGCCGAGUUCAUCGAUGGCACAGAAUACAAAACACAUGGAAACUCAACAGUCAAUAUUAUGCCUGCCGUCAUCCGGAAAUGUAACAACGAUGCCGAAUGCGCACUCCGGGAAGCCACUGGGUUAUAUGUGCAGUUUCUCGUUAAGGUGUUGGAUAGACGUGGCAUGGGCAACCGCUUUCCUUGCAUUCUUCUCAUUGAUACUGGAUCGUAUUUUGGGCUUUACGGCUGCCUGUGGACUGGGGAGCGUCUACACGUUGAACCUUUAACGUCGUUUUACGAUUUACAAACACAUUGGACGGAUGAAAGCGGCAGGCAAGCCAUUGCCGGAAGUCUGAACGCCUUUCUAAAUGCCAUUCCCCGCCUUGAGGCCCAUUAUACCAGACUGGCAUCCAUUGCACUCAUCGCCUUGCCAGAUCCCUCUCCACUGAACCGUGUGUAUCCGUACAAAACAAGCUACGACGACGAGAAUGGCCAGCGUAUUAACUUUUCAUAUCGGUCCCGAGUUGAUGAUAAACUGGUCUUUGUGGCCGAACCCGACAAGUCUACUGACAAAGAUAUAGGUACCUUAUGCAUCAAGUUUACUAGGCGAUAUUCGGAGGAUGCCCAUCGCUUCCUUGCACAACUAGGCUAUGCACCACGACUUCGAGCGGUUGUGCGACUCCCUGGUGGGUGGAACAUGGUCGUCAUGGACUACUCAAAUUAUAAGCAACUCUAUGAAUCAAUGCCCCAAAUGUCGAAAGAACAGCAAUAUGCAAUAACGGCCAAAGUUAUAGAGGUCGUUCAAAAGUUGCAUGAUGCCGGGUUCGUCCAUGGCGAUCUCCAAUCUUCCAAUGUUCUCGUCGACUGUGGAAUGUCAACAAGCAAAGAUGACAUCAAGAUUCAUCUCAUUGAUUUCGACUGGGCAGGUCGUCAAGGAGAAGUCGUAUACCCAAUGGGUGUCAACACAGUGACAGUUCGGAGGCCAGAAGGUGCUUUAGAUGGAAAACCCAUCUUGGUAGAGCAUGACUUGGUCAUGGUUAAUUCUUUCCCCAAACACGAAAUUGCUCUACUCCAUGCAUAUGUCCAUACAUUCGGCAACUUGUAUCGCUGA